CCCCACUACACCAGAUUUGCUAUCGACAGGACAUUCACGAUAACAGAACAAUGGCCAAAACAGCCCCCAAGAAGAACAAAGCUCGUCAGUACUGGAGUAACAAUCCAAUAUAAAGCGCAUUCAAAUCUAACUGUAUAUAGCGGCUUCCAUCCACUCGCGCGCUGUUAGACGAGCCGCAUCCCCGGGAAUUGACCUCGACAAAUCUCUCAAGGACGUCAAGCCGCCUACCGAUGCGAGAGAUAUCCGUCCCUCGGUCCUAGCGAUACACCAAGGUGCCGGCAUAUCCAAGAAAAACAAAAAUGGCCGAAAAUCGGUCUUGAGCGCAAAAGCUGCGAGGAGGAAAGAGAAGGGAAUGGACCGCGCAGAGGCCUUCAUGGAUAGGAAAUCGAUCAAGGUGGAGAAAAGCAAGGGGAGGGCCAGAAAUAUCCAGGAGAGGAGCAAGGCGUGGGAAGAGCAAAACAAAAAGAUUCUGGAACAGCAGGCCAAGGAGGAGGCAGAGAGAAUAGAGGCGGCGGAAAGACUACAGAAGGAAAAGGACGAGUGGAUCGACGAGGCUGAGAUGGAGGAUGUUGAAGAAUCUACUGAGGUGGCCGAAAAUAUUCCUCUGCCUGAAGGAGACGAUGAAAUUUUAUGAUUGUGGUUCUGUUUCUCGCAUGGGUAUGGCGAUUGGGUGGGGCACGAAAAGGUUGAAGACUUUGGUGUCAUUGGCGGCGUUGGGCAUGGGAUGGUGAACUACGAGUUUAUGUAUAUCACGAAUCGGGUAUUAUUGUGACUGUGGGCUGCGAGUCUUUUUCUCAACCUGUCUCAGGCAGUGUCGACGACGAUAAAGACGAAAUCAAUACCCACAACACUUUCUACUUAUACUUGUCUGUCAGUUUUCAAGUCAGGUGAAAGACAAAUGGGGAAAUCGCAAUGUUGAGCUAAAUCAAUAGCUGCAAUUCAGCUGCCAUGGGAUAACUUGCAAAUGAAUGUAAAGAAUGAAGACCAAUCAAACAAUUUUAUAGUA